CCGCCGCCGGAACCGCGGUGCCGCUGACAGCGGCGUCACAUCCGCCGGGGCGCGGGGCGGAAGGGGCGGCGCGGCGGGGGCGCGGGUCGUGCGCUCCGCCCGGUGCCGCUCGCUGCCCCCGGUGCCGCCCGGUGCCCCCGGUGCCGCUCCGCCGGCCCGGCCCAGCCCCGCAGCCGCCCCCAUGGCGCUGGAACAGGCGCAGGUCGACGGCCCCGACCCGCCGCGCCUCUGCGAGCCCGGCCCCGCCGCGCCGCCCGGCAGCGGGAGCCCGCUCUCCGCCCCGGAGAGCCCCGGCGAGCCCGGGCCCGGCGGGGACGGGGAGCCCGCGGCCGGUCCCAGCCCCGGUCCCGGCCCCGGUCCCGGCGGGGAUGCGGAGCCCGGUGCCGGCGGCGCUGAGGCCGCGGGGCAGAGCGGAGCGGCGGCCGAGGAGCCCGAGGAGGAGGCGGCCCCGGGCAGACCCUCGCAGAACAUCGCGGUGCAGACUGACUUCAAGGCGGCUGAUGCGGACGUGAACACGGACCAGGACAUCGAGAAGAACCUGGACAAGAUGAUGUCCGAGCGGGCCUUGCUGAAGGAGCGCUACCAGGAGGUGCUGGACAAGCAGAGGCAGGUGGAGAAUCAGCUGCAGGUCCAGCUUAAGCAGCUCCAGCAGCGGAGGGAAGAGGAGAUGAAAAACCACCAGGAGAUCCUGAAAGCCAUUCAGGAUGUUACGAUCAAGCGAGAGGAGACUAAGAAAAAGAUGGAGAAAGAAAAGAAAGAAUUCCUGCAGAAAGAGCAGGAUCUCAAAGCUGAAAUUGAGAAACUCUGUGAGAAAGGCAGAAGGUUGCUGAAGGAGCAGGAGGAGAAGGAAAACAAGAUUGCCUCUCUGAUCGCAGAGCAGUCUGAUGAGAAGCAGCUGUGGGAGAUGGAGCUGGACAAGCUGAAGAACCAGCACAAUGAAAUCAACAGGAACAUUCUUGAGGAGACAGAGCGGGCCUGGAAAGCAGAGAUCCUGUCCCUGGAGAGCCGGAAGGAGCUGCUGGUGUUGAAACUAGAAGAAGCAGAAAAAGAAGCAGAGCUACACCUCACCUACCUCAAGUCUGCGCCGCCCACGCUGGAGACCAUGAGGCCAAAGCAGGAGUGGGAGAUGAGGCUGAACAGGAUACGUAUGACCAAGCAAAGUGUCCGAGAUCAGUUCAACGACCACAUCCAGAUGGUGAGGAACGGCACGAAGCUGAGCAGCCUGCCCCAGAUCCCGACGCCGACGCUGCCUCCUCCACCUUCAGAAACAGAUUUCAUGCUGACGGCAUUCCAGCCCAACCCCUCCCUGGCUCCCCGGCUGCCCUUCCCCAUCGGGCCGGUCCCCGUGCCCAUGGUCAUGCCGAGCGCCGAUCCCCGGGCGCUGUCCUUCCCUCUGCUGAACCCCGCCAUGCCCAGGCCCAACCAGCCCUCCCCGCCCCUGCCCGCGUCGCAGGGCAGGAGCAGCCCGGUGCUGGCGUCGCUGAUGGGCACGCACGGCCCGCACAUGGCCCCCGCUGCCUCCAUCCCCCCUCCCCCCGGCCUGGCCGUGGGCGCCGCUCCCGACUUCCACCGGCCCCAGCCGGCCGACAAGCUGGAGAAGCUGCUGGAGAAGCUGCUGACUCGCUUCCCACAGUGCAACAAGGCCCAGCUGACCAACAUCCUGCAGCAGAUCAAGACUGCCCGCAGGACCAUGGCCGGCCUGACCAUGGAGGAGCUGAACCAGCUGGUGGCAGCCAAGCUGGCGGAGCAGCAGGAGCGGGCAGCGGCCGGCGCUCAGCCUCUGGGCCGGAUCAGGGCCCCCAUGUUCUCUGCUCCCCUGCCUCAGAUCAGCACGCCCAUGUUCCUGCCGCCGGCCCAGGUCGCGUACCCGGGAGCAGCGUCACACACCCCAGCUGCCUGUAAGCUGUGUCUGAUGUGCCAGAAGCUGGUGCAGCCCGGAGACCUUCACCCCAUGGCCUGCUCACAUGUGCUGCACAAGGAGUGCAUCAAAUUCUGGGCACAAACCAACACAAAUGAUACUUGCCCCUUCUGCCCAAGCCUCAAAUGACGGCUGCUGGGACAACGUGGGCUCCUGGGAGGAGUUGCUGUGAAUAGACAGGAUCAGUUCUAAGAUUUCUACAGUUCUAUAUUUAUACGAUCAUGUAUACACAUGUACAUUUUUAUUAUAUAGGUAAUGUGUGUAUAGAAAGUCUGUAAACAUACAAAUUCAUAAAUAAAGUGUGUAUAUUAUGCAGUGA